GUCAACUGUAUGGCUAUUACACACUGAGUUCGUCGUGUAAUGUUGUGUAAUCGUGUCCACACGGACACCCGCCGGAUAAAGGUACGGAGAAAACGAGGCCCAAUUUGGACAAUUCCGGGCCAAAAUGUGCCCAAAAUAGCUGACAUACCUAACGCAAAUUGCAAAAGUCGUUCAGCUGGGCCCAUGACCUGGUUCUGUCCCCUACAUGGCGCUCGUUGCCUUUCAGCGGAUUUUUUGUUGUAUUUCCAGCAAAAACGAUAAUAAAUCGGAUGCUGGCAUCAUUGAUGAGACCUCCCGCCUCAUACCCGCUACCGAAGAACCUUCGCCAACGGUAAUGAACGUAGAUUACGGAAAACUAAAAGGGAAGCUGGGUACAAUCGUUCGAGCUAAGGAAGGACGGAUGGUGAAUGUGAACGCCCACGGUCCUUUCAGUCUGCAGAACCACCCUUCUACUUCAUAUCUCCCAGAAACACCCAGUAAUGGUAGCCUGGACGAGCCAGUCGACAGGAAUAGCCUAUCGCAAGCCUACCCAGAGCAGCAUAUACCAGAAAUCGACAGUUUCAUACAUCCGGGACUGUAUAGGCAGCCCAGCUCUAUCUCUCGUCACUCAAACGAACCUCCCGACCACCCGCCUAACCUUAUUUUCUCUGCACGCAUUGUCGGUGUUAACGGCAUUGAGCGAUCAACCGAUACAGAUGCGGCUCAAGAUCCUGAUGCAGUUCCUGAUAUGCCGAAGCUGGACGUCGGAUCUCUGUCGAGGAGUUGGGGUGACUGAAAACUGCCGGGUUGCCUAGCGUUGAAGGAUAAGGCCUCGUCCUUUAAUAUUAAUGGAGGGCCAUCUUCGGUGACGGAUGACGCUGACCUACGUAUGGCACCCACUGUCUUUCAAUGGUGUGCUUUAGCAUUACGCGGCAAUCACAAAUUUUUUCUAGAUUCUCAGCGUAUUUACUUUUCGAACAAUUUGAC